AUUUUAUCACGCAUAUCUGCAAGUUGAAUUGCAGCCGUGAGCAACGAGAUAGCGCCAACAUGGACUGCGGCAUCUUCGGGCAAUGCUUUCCCCGUCAGUCCACGCAUUCACCGGCAGGCGGAGACUCCUUGGAGAGGCGCGUAGGGUUCCGGUUCGGCGGCUUUGAUUCCCAAACCAAGAUUCCUGACUUGACCAUUUCGCUGCCACUGUCGGCGCCCAUUGUCACCUACGGCAUGACCUUCCGUCGAGCGCCAUCUCAUCUCCAGACGCGCUACUGGUGCCAAGUUGACAAAGUGGAAGUCGGGUCGGAGGCCGAGGCCGCGGGUGUCGCUUCUGGUGCUGUCUUGGUCGAGUUCGACCUCAUGAAUCUGAAGAACGUCUACUACGACGACGUACUGUCCAGGCUGAAGCAAGCGCAAAGCCAUCCAAGUGGCGGAGUCUCGCUCAUCUUCAGUCAACCUUCUUCAUCCGAGGCAAGGAAACCGUCCGUGAUCCCGUCCUCCAGUGGUCCUAAAUGGCCGGUCAGCGCGACCACCCUCGACGAACCAUUGGAAGGCCGCGCCCGCACCAACUCGACCAUGACCCAGUUCUGGAUGUCAGAUCAACAUGCCAAAUGCUGCGUCGCAUGCGAUGCGCUCUUCACAUUCUGCCGACGACGCCAUCACUGUCGGUCCUGCGGCCAAAUCUUCUGCUCGGCAUGCUGCCACCGGCUGCCGCUAUCGUUCAAGCCCCGCGACGCCUCCAUGCACUGGCUUCGGAAUCAACUGGUGUGUCGCAAAUGCCAUCGGCAGCUGAAAGAGGGCCUCUUACACCAACCAGCAGCUGCUCCGUCCACGACAAUCUCCACGAGCUCCACGUAUCGCCGGAACUACCCGAUCCUCCGCUACCCCCAGCAGCCAGCCCCGCCACCCUCCACUCCGAAACUCGUCGCCGACGCGCCGACCGCCUCUCCUGCCCUGUCCUCUCUGUCGGAAACCGCCGAACCCAACCAGUUCCUCCAAGACAUCAACCCCGCGCUGUACGCCAUGUUCCCCAAAGCUGUCAUGGUACCCCCGGUCCCCGUCAAGGCCCCAUCAUCCGCCUCCGUAUUUCACCCGGUCUUUCCCCACUACUCCGCCAAAGCCGCGCUUCCCACUUUGCGUCGUUGUGGGAGCGAUCCCGAUCUGCUGCAUCCCCCGUCCCACCGCCACCACGUGCGGUUCCGCGGGUUGUUUGCCGACGAUGACAGCAGCGUCGACUUGGACAUGGACACGUCCUCCCAUCGCCCCCGAGGCACGCAUCCGUCCGUGGGGAAUUUUCCCCGACCCCACCACCCCCACCCCACCCGCAUCCCCGUAGCGUCGUAUCCUGCUUCCGACGCGAUGACGCGCUUUGUCCGCGAUGGCUCGUACCAGCUGUCCCAGUCCUGCACCAAGGCGUCCGAGGUGCCGGCGGUUCAAACGGCUGCCGCCGCGCACCGCACCCGCAUGGCCGACCACGCGACGGCGUUCAUCUUGGACCGGAUCAGGUCGAUGCUGGGGGCGACCCCCCUGCCGGGCCUCUCGGACCGGUGUGCGUUUGUCGACAUUUUGCUGUCGCUGAGCACGCACGCCGCGUCCGCCGUGGAGGACGGCGUCGCGGGAUGUCGGAUCAAGUGUUUUCCGGGCGGGUCCCCGUCCGACAGCUUUGUCGUGCCGGGGGUCCUCCUCCGGAAGCGCAUGGCGCGCAAGAGCAUGCGGCCGAGCGUCGAGUUCCCGCGCGUGCUCGUGAUUGCAUCGGCCCUCGACUACCACAAGGACAAGGAGAGCUUCAGUCCACUGGAGCACGUGGCGGGCUUGGAAACCGAGUACAUGCGCAUCGCAGCGGAGAAAAUCAAACGGCUGCGGCCGGACGUGGUGGUGUUCCAGAGGCAUGUGCAUCGGGUGGCCGAAGAGUGUCUGGCCGCGAGCGACGUGGUAGUCGUCAAGAACAUCAAGGCGGAGGACCUGACGCGCAUCGCCAGAGUCACGGGCGCCGCGGUCCUCACGGCGUUCGACCACGUCGACAAGAUGACGAGCGAAGCCAUCCUCGGCACAUGUCGCCGCUUCCGGGUGUGGACCCCCGACCCCCCCGAGCCGUCGUCGCAUGCUUCGACUCGGAAGAGCAGGAAGCAGUGCGUCGUGUUUGAAACAGAUUCGCCCGCCCUCGGAGUUACGCUGGGGCUACGAGGGGCCGCGUCCAAGGUGGUGCUCAUGGCGCUGCGGGAGAUCGUGGUGCAAGCCGUCCAUGUGGGCUACCACCUCCGUCUGCAGCGAUCGCUCAUGACCGCGUGGGGAAUUAUCCCACCGCUGCAGACGUCGCAUAGCUUUUCACCAACGUUUGACUCGAUGUACUUGACGCUGCGGGAAAAUUCCCCCAGCCAACGGGCAUUUCAAUCCCUGCAACGCCUGAAAUGUCCCAAUUGCAAAGUCGCCGACGCCAAGUUGACCCGACGCCGGAGCUCUGGGAACGUCCGCCGCCACCUGCUGCAAAGUCCGUCCAGCGGAGGAGACCCGCCGUGCACGUGCCCUGCGAGUCUGACCAGUCGUCCAGUGCUGAGUGGCACUCAACUGGUCGUGUCGACCUGUUGGAGUCGGCUCGACACACUGGCGCCAUCCGUGGCCGAAUGGAACGUCCUGCAGUUUUAUAACGCCAAUGGCGACUGCAGCCUCGGCCAAUUCCUAGCGAAGUACUGCUUCGACACGGCGGCGGCGGUGUUCCGAACGGCCUUUAAAACGCACCAGUUGAGUUUCACCCACGACGUGGGGCGCGUGCAUAUUCGGGUAUUGGUGCAGCCAGCCCAGCGCAAACAGAAGAAGGCGGCGGCCGGCGAUAUGCUCGUGGACAUGGUCAACUCUGCCAAGAACGCGGUUCAAAGCAGCAGCACGGGGGUGCCCAUCACGUGGGUUGCCGGCCCCGAGCCGGACCAAGCCGCGCCCGUGUACGUCGACAUGACGCCCGACAUGCUCGCGUAUUCAUUUGGCAAGUUCCUCGAAGACCUCUUGUACAUGCGGACGCUGCCGACGACGUCGUUGGCUGUGUCGACGGAUGAGUACAUCCGGUACUUUGCCCUCGCGGAUGUGGUUGUGGCGGUGGCCGUCGAGCGCAUCGAGCCGGUGGCGACGGUCACGUUGAGUCCGACGCUGUGGCACGAGUCGAGUCGCGGGUCUGUCGCCGUCGACGACGAGUUUGAGGAUCUGGUGCAGCUGGCGGAACAAGUGCGCGAAAUGACAUUGCAGAAGAUAGACGACGCGCUCGUGGAUUUGAGCGUGAUGCAGCAGACCAAGCAGCUGCACACCCGCGAACUGCCCAAAUCGAUGGACAAACUGGCCACGUUGCGCGGCAGCGUCCGGUUCUGGUGCCUCAGCUUGACUCAAAAGGUGCGCGAGAGUCCGCCCGUCGACGCAUUUGCGCGGCAUGCGCUCUUCCGAGAGAUUUACCAGCACGCCGCCAGGAUGUGCGUCGAGCUGAGGGACAGUACGAGCACCCAGUCGACGUUUCGACAGGGGAGCGAGGCGGACACGAACAACGCGCUGCCGACGUGGUGGUUCCAGCAGAUGGCGGCGGCCGAAGAGCAGCAGCAGCACCCGGACCGAUCCAAGCGGGCAUCUGUCGACUCGACGGCGUCCGUGGCCGAGUUUGUCCACCGCGUCAACAAGGGCGAGUACGAUUCCCCCGUUCUCGACGACAACCAAGGCGGGUUCAGCGCCGUAGUGUCGACAGGAAUCACGUUCUUCGACUCCAGUGUCGACUACCCGAUGCACGACGCCCUGUCUAGCCAGUCCAACAGCCUCUCGCACAGCGAGUCGUCGUGGAACCGGACGCUGGUCGUGGGCUCGGACGUGCCCAAGCUGGGCAUGACCAAAUCGUCGCACUUCCUGGAGCUGCCGCCGGCGCUGCUGCAGUGGCACCCGAGUCUGCCCCCGGGGGUGGACGGCGUUGUGGUGCUGGUCAACCCGAGCCAGCCCACGUCUGUGGUCGCGUACUCGCUGUGCUCAGUCGAGUACACGACCCAGCUCAAGGACUGGUUUGUCAGCCACGACGACCACCUGUCCAGGCCGCACCUCUUGACCAUGCUCACGUCGGACCAGCGCAGUAAUAUUGAGCACCUGUUUGUCGAUGACAGCGAGUUCCAGUCGGCCACCAAGUUUGGGUGCAAGAGCUUUUAUGCGACACAGUUUCACGCGUUGAGGCAGAUGAUCGAGUACGACGAGCGGCGCUUCGUGGAGAGUCUGUGCACGUGCGAGACGUGGCAAGUGAGCGGCGGCAAGUCGGGCGCGGGAUUUAUGAAGACCAAGGACCAACGGUUCCUGGCCAAGGUCAUCCCGUCCAACCAGAUGCAAAUGUUCCUCAACGUCGCGCCCAAGUACUUUGAGUACAUGGGUAAAUCCAUCGACGAAGGGUCGCCCACCAUGCUGAGCAAGAUCGUCGGCGCCUACCGCAUCUCUAUCGGCGACGCCACCAUGAACUUGCUCGUGAUGGAGAACUUGGUCUACGGCAGACACGUGGAUGUGCUGUUCGACCUCAAGGGCAAGAUGGAGGGCCGGUCCGUGGCCGACGAGGGCGGCGGCGCGGUGCUGUGGGACCGCAACUUUGUCAAAAUGUGCGGCGGCAUCCCCAUGCCCAUGCACGAAGCGGCCAUGGAAGUGCUCAAGACGGCCAUGCUCAACGACUCGACGUUCCUCGCGUCCGUGGACGUCGUGGACUACUCCAUGCUGCUCGGGUACGACCGCCAGAAGCAAGAGGUGGUUGUGUGCAUCAUCGACUACAUCGUCAAGUACGACCUCUUGAAGCGCCUCGAGCACCACGGGAAGAGGUUGCUGCAGGACGAAGGCGAGAUCACAGUGCUCAACCCCAAACAGUACACCAAACGCUUCCAAACCGCCAUGACCAAGUACUUUACGCCGAUUCCGUCGCGGUACUCACCCAUCCUCCCUCGCCACGACAACGACAUGUGA